AUUCUUAGGCGGAACGCGAAAAUAUUUUUCGGCAACGCUGUUACAGAAGAAGGAGAAUUGUUAGAGCCCAACGUGACUUCGACUUUUCAGAGCGUGUGUCACGAAACUAUUGAAAUGUCCGGCCCAAUCAUCGUUCUUAGUCAGAAUACCAAGAGGGAGAGUGGAAAGAAGGUUCAGAUUGAUAAUAUCACAGCCGGCAAGACUGUAGCAGAUGUUAUUCGAACAUGUCUUGGACCACGAUCAAUGCUGAAAAUGUUGAUGGAUCCUAUGGGUGGCAUUGUUUUAACCAAUGAUGGAAAUGCUAUUCUACGAGAAAUCACUGUUCAGCAUCCAGCUGCCAAGUCCAUGAUUGAGAUCUCUCGUACUCAGGAUGAAGAAGUUGGUGAUGGUACUACCUCUGUUAUUAUCCUAGCUGGAGAAGUUCUUGCUGUCUCAGAACCCUUUCUGCAACAGCAAAUGCAUCCAACUUUGAUUAUCUCUGCUUAUCGCCAAGCCUUGGAAGAUGCUGUUACUAUUCUAAGGGAUCAAAUCAGCACCCCCGUGGAUGUGAACGAUCGUUCCCAAUUGCUGUCCAUUAUCAAAUCAUGUCUAGGAACUAAAUUUGUUAAUCGUUGGUCUGAACAAGCUUGCCAGAUUGCUCUGGAUGCUGUAAGCACAGUUGUAGUCGACGAAAAUGGACGUCGGGAAAUUGACAUCAAAAGAUACGCUAAAGUUGAAAAGGUCCCCGGAGGCACAAUGGAAGAUUCGUGUGUUCUGCGUGGUGUUAUGCUUAAUAAAGAUGUUACUCAUCCUAAAAUGCGACGCCAUAUUGUCAAACCCCGUAUCUUGUUGCUUGAUUGCAACUUGGAAUACAAGAAGGGAGAAAGCCAGACUAACAUUGAGAUAAUGAAAGAAGAAGACUUCACACGCAUCCUAGAGCUUGAGGAAGAAUACGUCCAAAAAACAUGUGAGGAUAUCAUCCGGGUCAAGCCUGACGUAGUCUUUACUGAAAAGGGCGUGUCCGACUUGGCUCAACAUUAUCUGGUCAAGGCGGGUAUCACUGCCAUUCGUCGUGUGAGAAAGUCUGACAAUAACCGUAUUGCCCGCGCAUCUGGUGCUACAAUUGUUAAUCGUACCGAUGAAAUCCGUGAAGAAGAUAUUGGCACAAAGGCUGGUCUCUUUGAAAUCAAGAAGAUCGGUGAUGAGUACUUCUGCUUUGUUGUUGAGUGCGAAGAUCCUAAAGCAUGCACGAUUCUUCUUCGCGGAGCCUCGAAAGACGUACUUAACGAAGUGGAGAGAAAUCUGCAAGAUGCCAUGAACGUUACCCGUAACGUUCUUCUGGAACCCAAACUUGUUCCCGGAGGUGGUGCUGCUGAAAUGGCUUUGGCUUACGCCCUGGCUGAGAAAGCAAAGAGUUUGACUGGAGUAACUCAAGCACCUUAUCGAGCAAUUGCUCAAGCUCUUGAAGUUAUUCCUAGGACUCUGGCACAGAAUUGUGGUGCAACGGUCAUUCGAACAUUGACUGCCUUGCGAGCAAAGCACGCCACUGGCGGAACAACCUGGGGUAUUAAUGGCGAAACAGGUGAACUGGCUGACAUGAAGGAUCUUGGAAUUUGGGAUCCCCUUGCAGUUAAGCUUCAGGUUCUGAAGACGGCUGUUGAGACUGCAAUUCUUCUCUUGCGCAUCGACGACAUUGUUUCUGGAUCCAAGAAGAAGGGUGGCGAUAGCUCAGCACCUGCUCCUGGAGGCGCAGCUGAUCAAGAGGCCAUGCGUGAAUAAAGAAGCGAUGGUGUUCCUUUGUCCUUGUGUUCUGGAACUCCAUGGCGAGCGUUAAUUAAUAAUACAAUGGCUUCAAUCAUUCACGCUUCUGCUAUGCGAAUUAACGUUUGGCUAAUUUUGUUCUUGUCAACCUCCUGAGUAAUUAAUUGAUCUUCUGUUGGCAUAGAAUGACUUGCUUGCUAUCAUCUUCGUGAACAAAAUACACCAUUUUUGCUCAUA